UACGCACUGUGGGAGCGUGCACAGGACGUGUCGUGGUGGUCACCGCGGCUCUCUUCUCGCGCGAGUCGAAGCGCGAAUGAUCGCGACGAGAGCGAAAACAGCGGGUGUGUGCGACUCGUUCGACGUCGAGAUCUCUGUCGGCCCGUCCAGCGACUUUUGUAUAUGUGCUGACCGCACUACCGCCCGCCGCGGUCCCUCUGUUCCCGCACGAGCAUAAAGAGAGACUCUACGUUUGACGUAUGAAAAGAUGGUGACCGACCGAUAGCGGGGUUUAAUGAUAACGCAAACCCCGAGUGUUGCCAUUAAUUUUCGUCGCCGAUAGGAUCGUUAAUCGAGCGAAGGAUGGACGGCAGAUCGACACUGGGGAUCUCGUGAGCGGCCGGAGACGUCGAUUACGGUUCGUAUCGGCUGGAGUCGCGCGAGCUAUCUCUCGUUCCUUCGGUCGGGACGGACGUUCUGUAUGCACGACGAGCCAGUCGAGUUCGCUGAGUGACAGCUAUUAACAACUGCGAGAGAUCGGAGAGCUGCGGUCCUCACGACGCCGUAAUUCCCCGUACACGCUCGAGACGACUCUCAGUCAAUAUCACGAGAAAGUAACUCGAUGAACGAAUUAUGAAUCCUUUAAGACAGUUACUUUGAAUUAUAAUAAAUUACGUACAAUGUCCCAUUGCGAAGAAGAAGUGCUAUCACCUGGUUUUCACCAAUUAAGUAUUACAAUUGAAGCAGCGAUAUUAAGGAGUUCAACUUUCCUAAAGCCUAAUCCAUACAUAGAAUUCUCAGUUGACGACAAAAGCCCUCGCAAAACAGAAGUGUCAAAGUCUACUUACCAGCCGAAAUGGAACGAAGAGUUUACAAUACUUGUCACACCAUAUUCGCAGUUGCACUUUCGGUUGCUUGACCAUAGUACAUUUCGCAAAGACACGUUAAUAGGGGAGAAACGAAUAAGCCUAUUUCAAGUAUUAUCACAUUAUAAUGGGAAAUUAGAAAAUUUAGAACUGACGUUCGAUUUGAUGAGCGAGAGCAAACACGACUCGCAGCUGUGUAAAGUCGGCGAAUUGAUUACGGUUUUCGAUGGACUUAAAAUAGACACUACCAAUGAGACCUUACUAAAUGUUAGCGAGCCACCCUGCCAAAUACAAUCUGACGGUGCCACAAACAACGACACAAUCAACAACCGAAGUAUCCUCAAUGGAGGGGUUCGCGCACGCAUGAGAUUGCACAGUUCGGAGAGCCUCGCGCCCUCGGUAUGCCGUGCUUUCACGAACGUCCACCUCAGUCCCAGUUACAACAGCGGCAACAGCCAAGCGAACAACAGCAGCAAGAAUGUCGGCUCCACGUCGGCGACUAACGCGGACGGCGGGACGCCAGUGUCGAGUAGCAACGUCGGUAGCAGCAGCAGCAGCGGCAGCCUCUCCGCGAGCUCCCUGGCGAACGGCCACGCGAUCUCGAUGGCGGACAAGUCCAUAGUGUCUCCGGGUAGUCGUAGACGCACCUACGUCACCGACGUGCGAACUCUCGCCGACAUACGUCGGCCGACUCUGCAAUCAGAUCAGUCCGCGCCGGUCGGUUGCACGCGCAACAGCUUCGGCGCGCCUUCCGAGCAGUCCCCGAUGCUCAAGCCGGAGCCGCGUAGUGCGCCGCGGUCGGAGCAGUCCGCGGCGAUGCCCGGCAUGUGCGCAGACGCUCGUGUGAUAUCUCGACAGGACAAGUCGGUGCUUCCCAACACCGCCGACGCUUCUUCCACAUCUCACACCUCCGAGUCCAACGUAUCGCCGCACUCGGACGCUGCGACGCGCAGCGUCCUGCGAAUAGAACAACCGAUCGCAGUCGGGACCGCUUUCCCGGACGGUCGUGCGAUGACGCGAUCGGAGCAGUCGAGCGGCGUCCUCCUGGCGGACGAUCUGCGCGGCAUGAGACAGCAAGCCGAGCAAACGACGAGCAUCCGCGUGAACGAGGACUUGCGCCCGAUGAGACAGCAGCCGGAGCAGCAGCAGUCCGUCACGAGUGUGCGCGUCAACCCCGAGGACUUGCGGGGCAUGAGACAGCAGGGCGAGCAGUCCACGAGUAUCCGCAUAGGUGAGGAUCUGCGGGCGAUGAGGCAAACGGAGCAGUCGACGAGCGUUCGCUUGUUAGACGACCUGCGGAUUUCGCGCGGCGAACAGUCGAUGAGCGCGUCGCUCCUCGAUCAGCGCGGAGCGCCGCGCCAGCAGAACCCCGGUGUUCCCCUGACGACGGAGCGCGGCGCCGCAUCCGGCGGCCGACCGGAGCAGUCGGCGGUGGUACCUCUGGCGGACAGCCGUACGAUGCCGGAGCACAUGUCGCCCGCCGCGCUGCCGGAUAUCCGCUCGGUGCCGCGAAUCCCGCAGGCCGCGGCUUCGUUGCCGAGUCAGUCCGCCGCAAUGCCCGUCGCCGGCCAGUCCUCCGUCGCGCAGCCGGGAGUCCUGGUCGCCGAGGACGUCGCCCACUCGGAAGAACCCCUGCCGACCGGCUGGGAGAUGAGAUACGACGUGUACGGGAGAAGGUAUUACGUCGAUCAUAAUACUCGAAGCACGUCCUGGGAAAGGCCGCAACCUUUGCCCGCCGGAUGGGAGGUCCGUCGCGACCCGAGGGGUAGAAUUUACUACGUCGAUCAUAAUACAAGGAGUACCACUUGGCAGAGACCGAAUACAGAAAGACUACAGCACUUCCAGCACUGGCAAGGCGAAAGGCAGUACGUUGUUCAACAGGGGAACCAGAGGUUCCUCUAUCCCCAGGCUCAUGGAAACCAAGCUGCUACAUCGGGCCCGUCGACGUCUAUGGGCGACGACGACGACCCUCUAGGACCAUUACCCGCUGGUUGGGAGAGACGAAAGCAGCCCGAGGGCCGGGUUUAUUACGUAAAUCACAAGAACCGGACCACGCAGUGGGAGGACCCUCGUACACAGGGCCAGGAAACUGGUAUAGAGGAGCCGCCGUUACCAGAUGGUUGGGAGAUACGGUUGACGGAAGACGGGGUUCGGUAUUUCGUCGAUCACAACACUCGGACGACGACGUUCCAGGAUCCAAGACCCGGUGCGCCCAAAGGUCCGAAAGGUGUAUAUCGUGUCCCGAGAGCAUACGAAAGAUCAUUCCGAUGGAAGUUGUCACAAUUCCGCUUCUUGUGUCAGACUAACGCGCUGCCUAACCAUAUUAAGAUUAGCGUUAGCCGGCAGACACUGUUCGAAGACUCCUAUCAUCAAAUAAUGAACGCGGAAGCUUUCGCCCUGAGACGGCGAUUAUACAUAAUAUUUAAAGGAGAAGAGGGCCUGGAUUACGGAGGUGUAUCUAGGGAAUGGUUCUUCCUGCUGAGCCACGAAGUUUUGAAUCCGAUGUACUGCCUAUUCGAGUAUGCUAACAAGAGCAAUUACAGCUUGCAAAUAAAUCCAGCGUCAUACGUUAAUCCUGAUCACUUACAGUACUUCAAGUUUAUCGGAAGGUUUAUCGCGAUGGCACUUUAUCACGGCCGAUUUAUUUAUAGCGGUUUUACAAUGCCGUUUUAUAAGCGCAUGUUAAAUAAAAAGUUAGUUAUGAAAGAUAUAGAAUCUAUUGAUCCGGAGUUUUACAAGUCCCUCGUGUGGAUAAAGGAGAACAACAUUGAUGAAUGUGGCCUAGAACUGUACUAUAGCGUGGACUUUGAGAUUCUUGGUCAAGUGAUACAUCAUGAAUUGAAAGAAGGUGGCGACAAAGUUAGAGUAGGCGAAGACAAUAAAGAAGAAUAUAUCAGGUUAAUGACGGAGUGGAGAAUGACGAGGGGUAUAGAAGAACAAACGAAGGCGUUUUUGGAAGGAUUCAAUUCGGUCGUGCCUCUGGAAUGGCUGAAAUAUUUUGACGAACGCGAGCUGGAGCUUAUGCUCUGUGGCAUGCAAGAGAUAGACGUGGAAGACUGGCAACGCAAUACUAUAUACAGACAUUACACUCGUAAUAGCAAACAAAUUUUGUGGUUCUGGCAGUUCGUGACGAGGACAGAUAGCGAGAAAAGGGCUCGACUAUUGCAGUUUGUGACCGGCACUUGCCGUGUGCCCGUCGGCGGAUUUGCUGAACUAAUGGGAAGCAACGGCCCGCAAAGAUUUUGUAUAGAAAAGUUUGGGAAGGACACCUGGCUGCCGAGAUCGCAUACAUGUUUCAAUAGAUUAGAUCUACCACCUUACAAGAGUUAUGACCAAUUAGUAGAGAAAUUGAAUUACGCGAUCGAAGAGACAGAAGGCUUCGGCCAAGAAUAAUUUAAAACAUGCUACUCAAUAAUAUGUGGUAGGUACACUGUGUAUAAUUAGUGGAUGAUAAAGGAAAAAAAAGAGGAAAAUUUAGUGUAGCGCCACAAACUGAUGGUAUAAACGAGUUCACAUUCGAAAACCGUUUGUUGGGGGCAGCUAUCAUUAACAGUGUAAAAGUUCCAAAUAAUUAAAAAUGUUUAUAGGUACAUUGCGCUCGAAAGAAUUUGUAUGAAGCGUCUUAAAUUAUAUGCAAAUAAUGUAAUAAUCUAAAUUAUAUAAUACCAAUUUAUUCCAUUAAAUUUCAUGUCUUAUUGACAUUUUCGACUUGAUUGUGGAAAUUGUAUGAAACGUUAAUAAGACAUGAAAAAAAAUUAUAUAAUAAAGUUUACAAUAAUAUUACGUAUAAAUAUGUUAGAAAACUAAACUAAUUAACGGAUAUGUACAAUUUUAUCCAUUCUAUUGUAGUAUUUGUUUCAUAUACUACUGUGAUCAAAAAGUAUCGGGAUUGGCUCGUUUAAACUACGCGUUUUGAACAUAUCGAAGAAACAUUUUUUUUUUUUUAACUGGUAAGACUGCUUCUAACCUCUACUUAAAAUUUCAUGUCAUACCUUUUCUUAGUCUACGAAUAAACUCUUAUUUUGUUAUGAAUUAAGAAAAAAUAUCCCUGGCGAUUUUUAACAUGUCGAAUUUUAUUGAGCAAAGAAUUUGCAUACAAUUUUUGGGACGAAAUUAUGUGUACAGAAACAGUGAACAUGUUGCGGAAGUGUUUCGGUGACGAAUAUAUAUCAAGAACAAGAAUUUUCGAAUGAUAUAAAAUGUUCAAAAGAAGGCAUAGAACGCGUCGAAGACGAAGAAGAUCUUUCACUUCAAUAGAUGAGCAACACGUCAAAAAAAUCUAGAAUUUAGUGCUCAGUGAUCGACGAAUUCGAGAUAUAAUUGAACAUGUUGGAAUAUCAUUUGGUUCGUGCCAAUCGAUUUUGAAACAGUUUGGGCGUGAGACGCAUCUUGCAUUGUUCCAGAAAUGCUGGAUUAUUUUCAAAAAUAGCAUCGCGUUCGUAUCGCUGAAGAAAUGGUUUCUCAAGACGAAUCGUUACUGGCGACAAGACAUGAAUCUACGUAUACAACCGAAAUAGAAAUACACCGAAAUAGCCCAAUAAUCGAGUAAAUGAUGUGCUAAAGGCAAGGCAAAACCGAAAAGAUUUCGUUAAAGUCGAUCAAAAAUUAAGGUCAUGUUGACAAUCUUUUUCGAUUAUCGUAAUAUUGUACAUCAGAAAUUUCUUCCAAUUGAUCGAACUAUCGACAAAGAAUAUCAUUUGAGUGUCAUGCAUCGUUUGUGUGAAGCAAUCCAUAAAGUGUUCCCGCUCACACUUCUUGUCUUGUUUGUGGAUUUCUGGCCAAAAAUUCAACGAAUAUCAUCCCAUAAGCUCCAUAUUCGCCUGAUAUGGCAUUGUGUGACUUUCUUUCUAUUCCUUCGGCUGAAAUUACUGCUUCGUGAACACUGUUUUGAAUCGAUAAACGCAAUAAAAGAGAAUUCGCUGCACGUUCUGAAGGAUAUACCUGAAAUUAACUAUAAACGGUGCUACGAGGAUUGGAAAAAAUAUUAGCAUGAAUGUAUUAUAGUGGGAGGGAAUUAUUUUGAAGGGGACGAAAUAAACUUGUAUGAAUAAAUUCAUAGUUUGCGUUUCAUUGGAACCAGUCCCGGUACUUUUUGAUCACAAUAAUAUAUGUAUCAACCAAAAAAGAACUAUUUUAACAUCCCUAAAUAAGUUUAUCUUUUAUUAAAGGAAAAGAAAUGUGACAAGAAUUACAACCAAGUUAAAUGCAAUUUGUAUUCACUUGACAAUUUACAGAUCAUAAUUCUCUAUAAAGCAACGGACAUUUAUUAGUAUCUUUUGUUAUAUUUUAAUAUAUUUUAAUGCCUAAACACAUACACACAGAGUUUGAAAAAUAUUUUUUUUAAUACGUAAUAUGUAUAUAUUAAAUUUAUAAUUAUAACACAUAAUGUAAUACAUAAUAUGUUAUACAGCACAUCAACGAUUUUGUUUUAUCCAAAGCAAUCCAGAGGUGAAGUUUGUAUACAACGCGAAGAUUCUCUUUUUUUUAUGAUAUAGCAGAUAUUGGAAUAAUUCUCUGUCUCUUUGUAGAUACGCGUUAUAAAUAUCUGCUAGAUAUAAAAAUAGUUAACCAAUAAAAAUGGUUUCUAAAUAUAUUUUAUCAUUUAUAUCGUACGUUUGUGUUGUGUACUGAGGACUUAAUGACACAUUGCAUGUUGUCUCACAGGUGUGAUAAAAAGUCAGCCUGAACAUAUAUCAAAUAUUUCUUAAAGUACUUGUAACGAUGAAACACAAAUUAGGAAAACCAUGGAAUUGUAAUUAUAAAGUUGUGCAUUUGUUUAUGUACUGAUAAUUUAUGUACAUACGUAUGCACAGCAGUAUACACACGAUUAUUUAUGUGUGUGACUGUGCAGAUAAAUAUGCAUACUACAUUGGUUGCUAUUUUAAAUAUGCGUAAAAUACCUGAACUCUUAUUAAGAUUGAUGAGUCGUUUAGUUGAGGAAACGAUCGGUAGAUUAAGAUUGAUCAUGGUUUGAGAUUUAUUUAUGCAUUAUCGGGUAACGAAUGAAACGGAAAAAUAAUAUGCACGACACACACUUGUUGAAUUAUAUUCAGAUAUUCUCUUACAGAAGGCUUUUGUGAAAACAAGGACCCGAAACGGUGUCAUCAAAAGUUUCUUAUAUAAGAUACAUUCUUACAAUACUCUUAGUUUAUUGCUGUCACAGUUGAUAGCAGAGCAUAAAACAAUAUUACGUUUACGUUAUCUCGUAAUAUUAAUCCAUAUAAACUUUUAUAAGUAAUUUUAAUUUGGUAAUAUUUUAUAAUUAAUUUUAUGGUAAUAUUUUACGUAUUCUCUGGUAUUCGUUGGUUUAUUCAUAUGUGUUUCUAGUGUUACCUAGAAUAUGGUUUCAUAGAACUGAAAUUGGCAUAAGUAUAGUACCGUAUUUUUGAGAUCACACACACACACACACGUGUGCGCGCGCGCAGAAUGUUAUAUAAAUCUUACACAUGAAUUAUUCGUUGUUAUUCUAUAAAGAACUGUAAUUAACACAGUUCAGUACUUUGUUUUAAUUUAAAAGAAUUGUCACAAACUAAACACCAAUUCAAGACCCUGGCAUAGUUAUAAAUUCGUGCAUAUAUAUGAGAUAUAUAAUGUCAGAAUUAAUAUCUAAAAUUUGUGGGAUUCAUACAAUGUAAAAACAGGUC